CGGAAAGGAACAAACAAAUACUAUCCGCCAGACUUUGAUCCGGCUAAGCAUGGUUCUCUCAAUGGUUACCACAAAACACAUGCCCUGCGGGAGCGGGCUAGAAAGCUGUCCCAGGGCAUCCUCAUCAUCAGGUUUGAAAUGCCAUACAACAUCUGGUGUGAUGGCUGCAAGAACCAUAUAGGCAUGGGUGUCCGAUACAAUGCAGAGAAGAAGAAAGUGGGCAACUACUUCACCACACCUAUCUACAGGUUCCGGAUGAAGUGCCACCUGUGUGUCAACUACAUCGAAAUGCAAACAGACCCAGCUGCAUGCGACUAUGUCAUCGUCAGUGGCGCCAGCCGGAAAGAGGAGCGAUGGGACAUGGCCGACAAUGAGCAGAUACUCACCACCGAGCGUGAAGAGAAGGAGAAACUGGAGACGGAUGCCAUGUUUAAAUUGGACCAUGGCGGGAAGGACAAGGAGAAGCUGAUCAAGGCGCUGCCUUCAUUGCUAGAGCUGCAGGACCACCAGGCCGGGUGGAAAGAUGACUUUCAACUCAACAGCGCCCUACGCAGGAAGUUCAGGACAGAAAAGAAAUUAAUGGUGGAAAAAGAGGAGAAGGAUGAUGCAGUGAGGGCAAGGACCAACCUGAGUAUACCGCUGCUUCCUGAGCGCAAAGAGGAUCAGAGGCUGGCAGCACUCCUCAGCUUGCAGACACCAGAAUCAUGCGAGGACAGACAGCGCGGAAAACGGCAGGAGAUCUCCUCACGCUCAUGGUUCAACACAACCCCAGGGGGUACCACCACUACAACCUCCACCACAUCUGGAAGUCUCCUUCAAAAGCUGGGCCUUCAGGGCAAAGAGGUGGCCAUUGCCAAGGCUUUGGGCUCCUCACGGACACCCCUGAUACGCAGGAAGUCACACUCCCAGGAGUUGACGCCAUCGACGUCGUCACAGGAAAAUGUAAAUAUUGAGCAGGACACAAGUGCGUCAAGUUUGGGUUCCCUCGUGCCCAGUUACAGUGACUCAGACUCAGACCAUGGUCAUUGA